GGACAUUUUGGCUCUGCUGUGGAAGAGACAGGAGAGAGCGGCGAAGAGGGCGCCGGAGCAGGAGCGCCGGCCUCGCCUGGCCCCAGCGCCUCGAACGUCUCGCCCGCCUGCCUCAAAUCCUAAGGCCCCGUCAUGUCUGACACGCUUGGCGGCGGCGGCGACGCCCGUUCUGACGAGACGGGCGAAGAGAAACAGGAUUCGCAGGAGAAGGAAGCGGUCAUCCCCGAGAGAGCGGAGGAGGCAAAACUAAAAGCCAAAUACCCCAGUUUAGGACUCCAGAAACCCGGCGGCUCCGACUUCCUAAUGAAAAGACUCCAGAAGGGGCAAAAGUACUUCGACUCCGGGGAUUACAACAUGGCAAAGGCCAAGAUCAAGAACAAGCAGCUGCCAACUGCAGGGACCGACAAUAACUUGGUGACGGGAGACCACAUCCCGACGCCGCAAGAUCUCCCCCAGAGGAAAUCCUCCCUCGUGACCAGCAAGCUGGCAGGGUAACCUGCGCUCCUCCGCCACCUGAUGAGUUUUUUUUUCGUUUUUUUUCCUUUUGGGGUUUUUUUGAUUUAUUUUUAUUAUGUAUCAUUAUUAUUUUUUUGGUCUGAUGGAUUGAACUUUGCUGUAUCAUAAGGCUGGGAUAAUGCAGGACUCGUUUUAGCCGUCGGAAAUAUUUAUACAAAUCCCAAACCAGGA